CUCGUAUCUCAUUCCCGAUUCCAUUUUUGCCAUGUCGGUGGAUAAGACCAUCUCAAUUGUAUCCACAACAUCUCGUGGGUCAUCUGUCAUUGAAGAGAGUUACACGGUGGUGAGGAGUCUGGGUUCCGGAGAAUUUGGACAAGUGAAAGAAGUGAAGAAGAAGACCGGUGGAGGCAAGCGAUUUGCAUGGAAGCAAGUCUCCUUAGAAAAGGACCCUUACUGUGAGAAUGAGGUGCACUUGCUUGGCCAGUUGAAGCAUGAGGGCAUCGUCAGGAUCUACGACGCGUACUUUAGAGAUGGAGUUGUACUGGAUAUGGUGCUGGAGCUAUGCCCAAAGGGGAGCAUGAAGGAGUACAUUCAAUCAAACUACGAGAUGUUUCCGACCAGUUACCCCAACAAGGUCUACAUCCGACCAGACUGCAUUGACAUCCAAUCGGCCAUGAGACAGGUCUUGGAUGCGGUGAAGUUCCUUCAUGCGAACUGCGUGGCACAUCGGGAUAUCAAGCCUGGCAAUGUGCUUUUAGCCUCUGGUCAGCGCUGGAAGCUGGCGGAUUUCAAUCUCUCGACCAACUUCCAACCCGGUGGCUAUAUGGUGGACCAUGUUGGCACCAGGCCUUUCAAGGCUCCCGAAGUCCCAAACAAGUGCUACACGGAGAAGUGCGACAUCUAUAGCAUGGGAAUCCUGUUCAUCGCCCUAGUGACCGGGCGGAACUACUGGCGCCCGGAGGAUCGACCAGAGUCCGCAAGCGGAGACGGGUGGCUCAUGGCCCAAGCUGAGAUCUUGGAUGAGAAGGUCUCAUGGCACGGAAGAGAGCUUUGUCAAGUCUCAGACCCUUCGAUCCACCGAACCGAUCCAUCCGGGGUGCCACCCCGCGGCGAUCCACGCGCAAGAACGCCUCGAGGUUCGGCGCCAAAGCACUGAGUUUCGCGAAGGCGAUGAUGCAAACACCGGAAAGUAACCGCUACAGUGCUGAAGAAGCCCUGGAAAAUGAGUGGUUAACCUCCGUAUCUGGACAUUCUUGUUGUGUGAUCAGCUGAUGGGUGCGCGAACCACAACCAAAUGCCAAUGUGUUGGACUCCCAAUCGGUGGGUUCUCAGCAGUUGUUUGUGUGGAUUGUCCGAC